ACAACCUCAGCUCUAAAGCCUCUCAGUUCAUCCAAAUUUAGCUUAUUCUAUUUUCUUCUUCUUCCUAAAACAAGGAAAAAAUGGGAGCAAAAAGGCUUCGAGAUGGAUCGGAUCAAGAUACCGAUAAGCCCCAGAAAUCAGAGCAGAAGAAGCUCAGGGCCUUGCCUUCCUUCCACACGGUAAUCAAAGAAGCUGUGAUGGUGAAAACAAUACAAAACUUGUUUGGUGCUUUAGAACCAUUAAUUCGCCGAACGGUGCGAGAGGAGUUCGAGCGUGUCCUUCAUACCACUCGUUAUGUUCAAAGGUCUCCCCAAAUGCAAAUAGAAGACGUCGAAUCACCAAAUCUUCGCCUAGUCUUCACGAAGCCACUCACCUCCCGCAUCUUCACUGGGAGCAAGGUAGAGGAUUUGGAGAAUAACCCGCUCCAAAUUUUACUAAUUGAUACUCAAAAUGGCAACAAUUCUCCUGCCACACUCCCAAUGCCUAUAAAACUCGAAGUAGUAGUUUUAGAUGGAGAUUUCCCUUCUGAGCUCCAUGACAACUGGACUAGUACUAAUUUCAGUAAAAGCAUCGUUAAAGAACGAAGAGGGAAGAGGCCACUGCUCACUGGAGAAUUUCCCGUCAUUUUGAGGGAUGGUUUUGCUUCGAUCGGGGAGCUCACCUUCACCGAUAACUCGAGCUGGAUAAGGAGCCAACACUUCAGAAUCGGAGCAAGAGUUGUGCAGGAUGGCUAUAAAGGACCGAGAAUCAGAGAAGCCAUCACAGAAGCCUUCAGGGUGAAAGAUCAUCGUGGUGAAUCAUACAAGAAGCAUUACCCUCCAGCUCUAACUGAUGAUGUCUGGACUUUGUCAGCAGAGGGUAUCAACACUGUCCAUGAAUUCUUGAAGCUAUGGGCGGUUGACCCAAUGCAACUCCGAAGGAUUCUUGGAGUAGGGAUGUCAGAUCGAAUGUGGGAAGGAACAAUCGCCCACGCAAGGACAUGCCCGAUUGGGGACAGGUUCUACGUGCACCGAAAGCAGCACUGCACGGUUUUCUUGAACGCCCUGUGCCAAGUUAUGGCUGUGGCAAUCAACGGUUCUUCAUUCUCACUUCAAGAGCUUACUAGAGCUCAAAAGGCUUAUGUGCAAGAAAUGGUACUGGAGGCAUAUCGAAACUGGGACAAGUUGGAGGACUGUAAUGCAAAUGUUACGUCGUGUAACGCUCUUGUAGUACAAAAUCAGCCAAUACCACAGGCAUCCCUUUGGUACCCUGGGUCAGACAUCCAGAUUGAAGACUUUGAUGAGAUUGGAGCUACUGCUUCAAUCCACUGGGGCUAAUCAUCAGAAGCAUUUGAUUAGUUGAAAUUAAAAAAAUUCGUUCCUGUAAACAAUGUAAGUUAUGACUCAAAUACCUAUAUAUUUGCUGCCCUGAUUGCUUGUGCUGAUCAACAGCGAAGUAAGCAAAGUAACAUGUGGCGUACUCACACAUUUGUUUUUCUACAUUUUUGUCCAUAAUAUUAGGAAAAUUGUAUUUGAUUUGCUCUGGAAAGUUGAGUUGAUUUGGUUGGUUGAAGUGCAACCUUCACCUAAUAUUAAGAAAUUUGUAUCUGAGUAGAGUAUUUGUAAUUUGUUGUAAGAAAUCAUUUCACUACAAUAAUGCUUGAAUUUCUAUGCAAACUAUAUAUAUUAGGAACAACCAUAGAAUUAACGAUUCUAUGAUAGCGCCAGAUAUGCAAGCCAUAAAAAUAUGC